AUGAGUCUGCCAACUGUGAAACAACUCUGUCUCUUACACUUGUUCUGGUGCCUUGGAUGUUGGAGCGCACAAGCAGAGUCGUAUAUCAGUCCUUUGAGCCAGUGGGAAGACGGGACAGUGCUGAGACAGGCUCCAGACGCUCAGACGAGAGGAGACCUGGGCCGGGGGGCGUGGAGUGACGAGGACGAGGAGCAGGUCCAGAAUGUUUUCAAAAGAUUCCUGUUUCAUUACUCUAAAGCACGAAACUCAGUCGGAGCCGUUCAGCACAAGUCUCACUCAGUUCACCCUCUGCUGCGACUCUCCCCAAAACUGUCCCAGAAGAAGAAGAAGCAGCUCGUCCUCGUGAAGAUCCGAGCCCUGCCUGAGCUGCUGUAG